AUGUAUUCGUCUCCUAAAGAUAUCGCUCAAGUUGUUGAACAUUUCUACAAAAGCAAAUUGGCUUUUGUGCAGAGUAUUGCCGAACUGGCGGCUAAACCAGCGUACGUUGAAUGCCUACUGAGAUAUGAUGUUAUCGAGAUGGCAAAACCGUUAGUGGAUAGCCCAAACCCGACAGUCAAAACGAAUGUGUUGCUGUUUUUAUCCCGGAUGGUGGGGCACAGCGAGCCGUGUGCUAAUGAAAUAUUGCGCUCUGUCGGCAUGGUUAACCGCAUGUUCGAGUCCGUCGCUAAUGAAAACAAGUAUUAUAAAAAAAAUUGCAUGGAUCUGAUCCGGAACGUUUGUAGAUACAGUGCGGAUACCGCUCAAACGAUAACAAUGUCGCUGGGAGGAUUGGACGUCAUCUUAGUUUGUAUGGAUGACCCCGAUGUGCUGGUCAGAGAGGUUGCUUUGCAAACUAUAGCUUCGGUUGCCCGACAUGGGCCCGACCUUUCGAAAGUAUUAAUCGACGCAGGUGUGCUGCCGAAAAUUGUAUUGUGCUUGAAAGAUAAACCGAUUGUCUUGAAAGUCGUCGCGUUGGUUGCCUUGGACCGGAUUGUCAAAAACGACAAAGAAUUAGCCCAAACAGUCGUGACCGCGUCUACUCUGCCAUACGUUGUUGGUCUGUUGUCACCAACGCACACAAAUCCUAAAGUUCAGAGAGAAGCGCUGGCUCUCAUAGGGAAUAUUGUUAAGCACUCUUUGAGUUUAGCAGAGAACGCAAUCGAGGCUGACAUAUUUCCUACGGUGUUACUCUUGAUGGAAAGUCUGGAUGAACCAAUUCGCGUUCAAGCUGUCAAUGUCAUCAGCGAAAUGGUUAAGCACAGUGUUCAAAUUUCUCAAUUAGUUGUAAACGCCGGCGGAAUAUCUGCCUUGAUGAACGUCAUUAAGCUUAGUAAAGAAAGCUCUCCACUUCCGGCUUUAACCGCUAUUGGUUGUAUUGCUGCCAUGUCACCUUAUUUCGCUUCUGUCAUCAUUCAGUCAGGUGCGUUGUUUCUCCUCGAAUCGAUUUUAGAAAACAGUGAUGACGAAUUCAUCAAAGCCGGAACUAUUUGGACAUUAGGUCUGAUAGGCAAACACAGUUCAGAACAUUCAAGAGCAGUGUGUGCGGGCAACGCGGUUUGCACCAUGAUAAAAAUACUACAAUGUACAAAAUUUGGACAUGAAAUUCGGUUGAAGUGCGAAAACACCUUAAAAUUAUUGAUAAGCAAUUGCGACGAUUUGGUUACGUUAAAUAACUUGUUAACGGCCUCAACUCCUUUAGGAAUUGUUACUUAUGUCUUGGAUAAAUUUUUAGAAAUUUUACCACAGAGUACGAAGGUGAGACGUAACUUUAUUUUAGACGGAUAUCUUAAAAUAAUCCAGCAAUAUAAGCCUACUCCUGAUUCGGAAUUGUACAGAAUCGUACAGGCAAUCAAUAGUUGUUAUCCCGAAGACCUUAUACAAAAAAUAACUGAAAAUUUUCCUGACUCGGUAAUGCAAAUCGCAGAGAGGUACCAACCGAAAAGUCAAUGUUUGUUCUACAGUCCCUCUCAAAAAAAAAUGACAUCCAGUUCUGAUAUUUUGUUUCAAGAUGAGGCGGAGACAUACGAAUGA